AUGCAUAUAGUUUCUCUAUUGUUGACUUCUGUUAAGCGUUUGCUUGACGAGACUUUGCUAAUAUCUACAGUCAAAUCUGAUGUGCUUUUUAUAUCUUUUAUAUUUAAUUUUCACAUCUCUUUCUACAUUUCUAUCUAUCUAUCUAUCUAUCUAUCUCUUUCUCUCUUCCUUUUUCCUCUAUCCCUUCUUUUACUUCCUCUCAUUUUCUUCUCAUUUUCAUUGUCGUUCUUUUCCUCUCCCUCUUCUGAGACCUCCCACUCAGCUCCUUCCUUUUUCUUCUUCUUUUGCUUUCCUGGUCUUUUCCCUUCUCCCCUUUCUCAGUCCUCCUCCUCCCCUCAUUCAUCUUCUCACAUGCACCUUCUUUCUUUCUUUCUUUCUUUCUUUCUUUAUUUAUUUAUUUAUUUAUUUAUUUAUUUAUUCUUCCUUCCUUCCUUUCUUUCUUUCUUUCUUUCUUUCUUUAUUUAUUCUUCCUUUCUUUCUUUCUUUCUUUCUUUAUUUAUUUAUUUAUUUAUUUAUUUAGUUAUUUAUUCUUCCUUUCUUUCUUUCUUUCUUUCUUUCUUUACUUUAUUCGACGCCAUUUUUUCUCACGUUUUCUUUUUCUUCUAUCUUUCUUUUUCUGAAAUCUCAAUCAAUUUAUUUGAUUUCAUUUAUUCAUUCUCCCCUGUAAUAUUUCUACUUUCUUACUUUAUUCUUUUUUUUUUCUUUCUUUCUUUCCUUUGUCUUUCGUGCCCUAUACUUAGUCUUUUCCUUUUGUUAAACACUCUUUUUUUCUUUCUUUCGUUUUCUUCCAUUUUAUUUAUUUCUGUAUUUGUACAUUUAAUUACUUUAAUUUUUCUUUCUUUUAUUUUUUUUUCUUUUUUUCUUUCUAGCUCUGGAACCAUACUUUCUCCACUUUUUUUUUUUUUCUUUUUACCUUAUUACCGAACUCUUAAACAUUUUUUCUUUCUUUUCUUUUUCUUUUCUUUCUUUUUUUUUCUUUCUUUGAAAACUCUUAUUACCAUAUUCUUCUUUCUUUUUUUCUUUAAUUUUCUUUGA